UUAAUAAAUAAAAUAAUAGCAACAGUAGCAUAAUCAGUCAAACGAAAUUACAGGUGAUUUGGUAGAAGCCUCGUGUGGUUGCUUUGCGGGAUUUGGCGUAAUGCUAACUUAAGUCGCAUCUGCUCAUUUAGCAUUACCUUCAGGAUACAGAAAUUUGACAAGCGAAAAGUUCAAGGUGUUUACCUUGUCAUGAGCACGUAAGCUAAUUAUCCUGGGCAGAGAUGUGGAGAGGGACCCAUUGUCUUGUUGCCCUGGCUUCCUAUGCUCCGCCUCUGGUGGCAGCCUUAAACCUGGCGCCUGGCUAAAACAAACGAAAGGCAGCUCAGAGUCUCCACUCAAUCCAAUUAAGGCGGACUUCAGCUACUCUCUUACGUGUUCAUCCAACAAGAUCGACGCUGAGACAACAGUACCGCAGCUUUGGCGAAAAAAAAAAAAAUAUCUGCCUCGCCUUCUAAUUUUUUUUUCCCCUCCGGCCACAGAACAAUGUCGAUGAGCCCCAAGCAUACGACUCCUUUCUCAGUUUCUGAUAUUUUGAGUCCCCUAGAGGAGAGCUACAAGAAAGUGAGCAUGGAGGGCAACAAUUUGGGGGCUCCCCUGGCAGCUUACCGGCAACCUCAGGUCUCUCAGGCAGCCAUGCAGCAGCAUCACAUGGGGCACAACGGGACGGUGCCCGCCACCUACCACAUGGCAGCCGCGGGGGUGCCGCAGCUUUCUCACACAGCCAUGGGGGGCUACUGCAACGGUAAUCUGGGAAAUCUGGCCAACAUGAGCGAGCUUCCGCCUUACCAAGAGAGCAUGAGGAACAGCGCCUCGGCAACUGGCUGGUACGGGGCAAACCCAGACCCACGUUUCUCUACAAUUUCUCGCUUCAUGGGCCCAUCCUCCGGGAUGAACAUGAGUGGAAUGGGCAGUCUUGGCUCUCUGGCAGAUGUCAGUAAAGGCAUGGCACCCUUGCAGAGCACACCCAGGAGAAAACGCAGAGUACUGUUCUCGCAAGCCCAGGUAUACGAAUUGGAAAGGCGGUUUAAGCAGCAGAAAUAUCUUUCGGCGCCUGAAAGGGAACAUUUGGCAAGCAUGAUCCAUCUCACUCCCACUCAGGUUAAAAUCUGGUUUCAGAAUCACCGGUACAAGAUGAAGAGGCAAGCCAAAGACAAGGUGACUCAGCAACAGAUGCAGCAGGACACCAGCUCUUGUCAACAGCAGCAGCAGUCCCCAAGGCGCGUGGCGGUGCCUGUGCUUGUGAAAGACGGCAAACCUUGCCAAGGAGGCACAACAACCUCAACAACGUCCAUUCAGGGUCAUCAUCAGCAGGCCACCGGUGCCAUUUCAGUAGCGACUAAUAGCUCUGGGAUUGGUCAACACCAAAGCCACCAGGCUGGUAGUACGGGGCAUUCGCCAGAUCUCGGUCAGCAUUCAUCCAGCCCUUCAUCGCUGCAGAGCCAGGUGUCCAGUUUGUCUCAUCUAAACUCUUCUAGUUCAGAUUAUGGCACCGCCAUGCCGUGCUCCGCACUAUUAUAUGGUAGGACCUGGUGAGUUUUAGUAUAACUGAAAAAAGAUGUGUGUCUCAGACGGACAGGGGCUUUCCUGCGACGCCCAAGAAAGCAAUUUGCAUCUCCGCGUGGAUAUGUAGGCGACUGCUUGUGGACCGAAAGCGACGAAGGGUCACUUUGUAAGCCAGAAAUCCGUGUGGAGUUCUAAGGGGGAUCUAUCUUAAUGUGAACGAGAUUUGCAGCUUCAGGAAACUUACAUAGAAACCUGAAUGUGUAGAAGCUGACAUGUAAAUACGCACCACAAUGAAGAGACAAAAGGAACAAAUCUAAACAGUGUUAAAAAGAAGGAGAAUACCCUUCACACGCGGGCACACAAAGACAUUAACUGGGUAAAAUAAAGUGGUUCCGAAUUUUAAUAGAAUUUUAUGUAAAACGUAGCUGUAUAUUUCUGUAUAAGGUUUGGAAUGAAAACAUAGUUUUUAGCAAUAUGUAUAUUAUGUUGUAAAAAGUUUUUAUGGACUUGAAAGGUUGCUUGUACUAUAACUGAGUUAAAUUGUUAUUUGACCACGUAAGUUUCUUUUUUUUCUCCUGUAACUUAUAUAGAUAUUUGACUGAAAUAUAGUCACACGAAGCUUCUAAUAAAUUAUGA